UUAAAGACAACACAAUAUCCAGCCUGUCAUCUGCACAUCUUUUUCUCAGCAUGAUUUAUUUUAUAAAUUUCUGAAAUAGCUUCGCAAUCGGAAUGAGACGGUUUAAAAUUAUCCAGAGCUUUUCUGUAAAUGACUUUUAAAAACAAGAUUACCUCUUUUUACAUACACGAUUGCUGUUGCAGUGUGGGUUUGAAGAGCCAAAAAUUUUACCUUUUCUUCAUGAGGUAUAGCAUAAGGUGUGUCAGACGCAUCUUUUCAAACCCUCAAAGCUAGUAUCAAGAGAAUGCCGGUCUCACUGGAUGUAACGGGUGGAUUAUUGUAAAUUGCCAUUCCUUUCUCCUCAAGAAGAAGUAGAUUUUACCGGGAUCGCUGUCAUUUUGACACCGGCGAACUAUGGCUUUUACUUUUGCGGCUUUUUGCUACAUGCUAUCAUUGGUUCUCUGCGCAUCUCUCAUCUUUUUUGCAGUUUGGCACAUAAUUGCUUUUGAUGAACUCCGAACAGAUUUCAAGAACCCAGUUGAUCAGGGUAAUCCAGUUCAUGCGAGGGAGAGAUUGAGAAAUAUUGAGAGAAUCUGCUUUCUCCUGAGAAAGUUAGUCCUACCUGAGUAUUCCAUCCAUGGGCUUUUCUGCAUUAUGUUUGUAUGUGCCCAAGAGUGGCUAACACUUGGUUUGAAUGUCCCCUUACUAUUCUACAACCUUUGGAGAUACUUCCAUAGUCCUACAGACAGCAGUGAAUUAAUGUAUGAUCCUGCAUCUGUGAUGAAUGGAGACACUCUGAAUUAUUGCCAAAAAGAAGCCUGGUGCAAAUUGGCUUUUUAUUUACUAUCUUUGUUUUACUACCUCUACUGUAUGAUCUACACAUUGGUAAGUUUGUAACCAUUCAAGAAAUUUCAGAAAACUGAAGAUUCCAGAUCAUAUUUGGACUCAAAAUUCUAGGAGAUGACAGGAAAUUAUAAAGAAAAAGGGCAAUAACUGAAGAUGACUUUGGAAGAUUAAGCUAAUAAGAAGUGUGCUAUACUCCUGUACAUUUCUUUUACGUAUACUUUUUCAGCAUAUACACUGUUAUAAAUAGCCAUAAUAAAAUUACCAUUACAUUGUAUCAGACAGAAAACUACAAAAAGCAAAGGUGUCAAUGAAUAACAAUGUCUUUAGGUGCCAAAACUAAGAAGCAGUGGACUGUAGAUCUAGCUGUGAAUGGCUUAUGAGUAGGUUUUUUUGGUAUUUAUAUUAAUGCAAACAAUAACCUUUAUGUUUCAGUAUAAUGUAUUUACUGUACCAAGACAUCCAUUCAUUUUGAACGAUUCAGGGAACUUAAAAAAUUGUAUUUGGUUUGGAAUUUAAAAUGUAGUUUAGCAUUAAUAUCAAUACAGAAGACUUCAGGUAUUUGUAGCACACUGCUCAGCUAUAUAAUUAACCUUCAGUUUCAUGCAUCUGUAAAAUCUGUUUUUCUGUAUACAUUAGAAGAUAAUAUAUGAAAUUAAAAGACUGAUGGCAAUCAAAAGUGGCAAAUAUCAGCAUUUAACUUUUGGGAAUUUAUUUAUAUGUCUGCUUUAAUAUAAUAAAAAUAAUAACCUUCUUUGUAUUCUAUUCCCCAUUUUAUGUUAGCAUAAAUACUGGUUAGAGCAUCUGAAUAUCAGAAAAUCUAGAUGAGAACAAGCCAUUUAGCCCAACAAAGCUCGCCAAUCCUAUACACAUAAUUCUUCCAAAAUAACAAGCCUAGUUUUAAAAGUCAUAAAGUCCUACUGUCUACCACGCAAAUUGGUACCUUAUUCUGCGUGUCUGUGAUUCUCUGUUGUGACAGAUAGGGGGCGUAGUUGUCCCCUUGAACCCUCAGAUCAGACGCCAGACACCAGAUAAAAAUCCAAAUCUUGACUUUAUUCGUACAAUAAUAUGCACAAAGCACCCUGCACUCCACAAUACUCAUAAACUAUAACAAUAAUAAUAACAAUAAUCAAU